AUGGCUGAUGUUAAUUUUACACUGGUGACCGAGUUUAUCCUUUUGGGACUGACAGAUCAUGCUGAACUGAAAGUGGUCCUCUUCCUGGUUUUCCUGCUCAUCUAUACCGUUUCCUUGGUGGGGAAUCUAGGAAUGUUCCUUCUAAUCCAAAUAACUCCCAAACUCCAAACGCCCAUGUAUCAUUUCCUCAGCUGCCUGUCACUCACUGAUGCCUGCUAUUCGUCAGUCUUUGCACCGAGAAUGCUGCUGAACUUCUUUGUUGAACGGGAGACAAUCUCGUUCUCUGCAUGCAUUGUGCAGUACUUUUCAUUCGUGUCUCUCCUUACCGCUGAGGCCUUCUUGCUGGCAACAAUGGCUUAUGACCGCUUUAUGGCCAUUGUGAACCCUUUACUUUAUACCGUGGCUAUGACAAGAAGAGUUUGUGUUCUUGUCAUUGCAUCAUGUGUAGGAGGCAUAAUCAACUCGUUGACUCACACAAUUGGCUUGCUGAAGUUGUCUUUCUGCGGGCCAAAUGUCAUCAGGCACUUCUUCUGUGACCUUCCCCCGCUGUUGAAGCUGUCCUGUUCUGACACAUCCAUGAAUGAGCUGCUGCUUUUAAUCUUCUCUGGCGUUAUUGCCGUGAUCACUUUCAUGACUGUGGUGGUCUCCUACAUCUUCAUUGUUGCUGCUAUCCUGAGGAUCCGCUCCGCAGCAGGCAGACACAAAGCCUUCUCCACGUGUGCAUCACAUCUCACGGUUGUGACUCUACUCUAUGGCUCUGUAAGCUUUAGCUACAUUCAACCAAGCUCCCAGUAUUCCUUAGAACAGGAAAAGGUGGUAUCUGUGUUUUAUACCCUGGUUGUUCCUAUGUUAAACCCAUUAAUUUAUAGCUUAAGAAACAAAGAAGUGAAGGAUGCUGUGAAAAGGGCUAAAGAAAUGAAGCAUAUUCCUUGUUAA